AUGAUUAUUAGAUGUACCCAAUCCCUUUAUACAGCAGCAACAAUCUUACUGUACUUAUCGACCCUGGUCGCGAUUUCUUCUGCUGCGAUCUAUGAUCAGUACAGUGACCUCCCUUUGGGAAAAGAGUACGAUUUUAUCAUUGCUGGAGGAGGUACGGCAGGGAUCGCACUAGCCAGCAGGCUCUCAGAAGAUUCUGCCUUCAAUGUAUUGGUGCUUGAAGCUGGAACAUCUUCCGUCGGCGUAUUCAAUAUCACCGUUCCAUAUUUCGCCACCCGGACGGUGUUGCAGUACGACUGGAAUCUUACAACGACAGUCCAGCCCGGGUUGGGUGACCGAUGGUUGUUUUUCCCGAGGGGAUUUAUUCUGGGCGGAUCCAGUUCAAUUAAUGGGAUGUUCUACACCCGUGGGUCUUCGGACGACUUCAAUCGCUUUGCAGAUACCACUGGAGAUGACGGAUGGUCUUGGGACAGUAUUCAACAGUACCUUGCUCUGAACGAAAAACUUGUGCCUCCGGCUGGGAAUCCUAAUACUACAGGCGAAUACAACCCUAACGUCCACUAUUACAAUGGAGCGGUCGAUGUCAGCCUGCCUAGCUUCUCGCAAAGCAUCGAUUCGAAGGUCCUGGAUGCCGUGGAUGAACUAGGGGGAAUAUAUUCAUAUAACGAGGAUGUCAAUUCUGGGUCGCCUUUAGGACUAGGUUGGCUGCCACGGACCAUUGACUCGGAAGGGCGCAGGAGUAGCUCUGUCACCGCCUAUCUACCUGAUGAGAAAGACAACUUGGAUGUAUUAGUGAAUGCGCGGGUAGCCCGCGUUGUUCCGACGAGUAACACAACAUUGAACUCGACUACAAGGUACUCGUUCCGUACUGUGGAAUUCACGCAGGAUAUUACCAAUGUUACCCUGACCCAAAUUACAGCUUCGAAAGAAGUCAUCAUUUGCGGAGGUGUCGUUGGUUCUCCUCAAAUACUGCUCAAUUCCGGCAUCGGCAAUUCCACUACUCUGCUCACCGCAGGAAUCACGGCCCUUGUCGACCUUCCUAGUGUUGGACAGAAUCUUUCCGAUCAAGCUUUCAUUGCGAAUGCAUUCUUAGCUAGCACCACAGAUACUUAUGACGAUAUCAACCGCAAUGAUACCGUCUCGAAUGAGGUGCUAGCGGAAUGGAUGGGAGAAGAUGGACAGGGAGACUUCCAAGGCGCUGGUCCACUAGGCGAUACGUUUGCAAACCAGAUAUCAUAUUACCGGAUUAGCGAAGAAUUGACAGAUGAGUAUGGGGACUUCGCUGCAGGUGCGACGUCUCCCCAUCUAGAAAUUUAUCCAGGAAAUGGUUACUUUAUCGCACCCCCGACAACUGGUUAUCACAUGUCAAUGACCACAGUAGUCGUUUCUCCUGCUUCUCGCGGCUCCAUUACUAUCAAUGGCUCAAACCCAUUCACUCCUCCGAUCAUUGACCCAGGGUAUCUCACGGCCAAGUUUGAUAUUGUUGCAAUGAAAGAAGCAUUCAAGAUCGUCUACACGUUCCUCAAUGCCUCAGUGUGGGACGGUUACAUCCUCGAGCCACCAACAGGACUACCAAGUAUUCCCGACUUUUUCACCAUGAACGCCACAGAAUUAGAUGUUCAAUUAGAAUCAUACAUCCGUAACUCUACCGGAAGCUCGGCACAUCCGGUGGGGACCGUAGCGAUGUCUGCCAAAGACGCGAGCUAUGGGGCUCUGGACCCGGAUUUAAAAGUUAAAGGUGUAGAUGGUUUGAGAGUAGUUGAUGCGUCUGCUUUCCCAUUUGUUACCUGUAGCCAUACGCAGGUUCCAGUGUAUGUUUUUGCAGAGCGCGCUGCUGUGUUAAUCAAAACAUCGUGGCAGCAGUAGUUGCAGCCAUAUCAGUUUCAGUAAGUAACAAAUGAUUGUCU